AAAAUCAAAUGGAGAACAUAUUUAGCCUUUUGGCUUUUAAGUUAUGGUUAGGCUUCAAGUUACAUUUAAGAUUAGACUCAGUACUAGAACAGUAGAGGGCAGUAUGACUUAUGAUGAAUGAAACCAGUGAUUCAGAUGUUUAUUUACCAGAUUUGUGCAUGUCAGGCCAAAAUAUGGAGUUGUGAUGAGAAACCAUAAAUGUGCAGAUUAACAGCGUGUGCUUCUGAAGUUGUCUUGAAGAAUUGAGGCAUCCCUUCUCUCAAACCUAAUGAGGAAGUCAAUAGGUCCUAUGCUGUUAGACUGCCAUGAAAUGUUUUGGUGGCCACCGCAUCUCACUGCCGGGUUUGAGAUUUGAGUCGCUUUGGUUCCAUUCAGUUUAGGCCAGAACCUGCGCUGUAAUCUUCCUUAAAUACAAAUGUACCCCCUUUCGAGCACGUGAAACCUUGGUCCGAAGCUGCUCAUAGAAUAUAACACUGCCCUUUACCGCUUUCUAAUGCAUGUUGAGCCCAUGUCAAAUCUAAAAAAAUGGGGGAGGGGGGGUAAAUGAGAAACGUCUUGUCUAAGUUUAAUUCGGUUGAUGUCUAUACAUGUAUGGUACACAGCUUCGUUUUUCCACUGGGUUGAAGUACAAAUCCCAUUCCGUAGUUGGUAUCCAAGCAACAAUGAGAACAACAUCGACCCGGAUUAAUAGCUAGCUAUGCAUCUGGCGAGCUGAAACUUUCUCGCGGUGGUUGAAAACUAUUUAUCUUGUAUCGGCCAUCCUUGCAUUUUAACAGGCUUCUGUUCAUCUGUUUUGAUUGGUAAUUUGGCAAGGGUUGUCACAUUUCAAGGGGGUGUUAAGUCGAGAGUUAACGUUAUGGAUGAAACUCCAAAGAAUCCGAUUUACGUGGAAAGAACUCUCGCCUUGAUCAAACCUGACGCAAUACACCGAGCAGAGGAGAUAGAGGAACUCAUUCUCAGAGCGGGGUUCACUAUUUUACAGAAGCGGAAGCUGCAACUGAGUCCAGAGCAGUGCAGUGACUUCUACGCAGAGCAAUAUGGGAAGCUCUUCUUCCCCAGCUUAACGGCCUUUAUGAGUUCUGGAUCCAUCAUGGCCUUGGCUCUGGCCAGAGACCAGGCUAUUGCCCACUGGAAAACCAUGAUUGGACCUGUCAGCUGCAUAAAGGCCAGGGAGAUGCACCCAGAAUGUCUGCGAGCCAAGUACGGUACUACUGACAUGAGGAAUGCAGUGCAUGGCAGCGACUCGUUUUCCUCAGCCGAGAGAGAACUAAAGUUUAUGUUUCCCAACUCUGUGAUCGAGCCCAUACCCAUGGGAGAGGCAGCUAAAGACUACCUGGGCAGGUUUGUGAGCCCCACGCUGCUCAGCGGACUCACUGAGCUCUGCAAACAGAAGCCUGUCGACCCCUUUACGUGGCUGGCAGAUUGGCUGGUCAGAAACAAUCCCAACAAACCUACAAUUUGUUUUGGAGAAACUGGGGAGGAAGCAACAUACCAGCAAAGAGACAGACAAAUUACUUAAUCCAUUGUAACUGAUAUUCCGGUGAAUCCUAUGUUAUAAUUCAAUUUUUGGUAUCUCUUUCAUUUUGGGAUGUGGGGAGGAUGGCUUUCCCAUAGCGAUUGGUUGAAUCUCUGCUGAACUGAUUGAGAAGAUGACAGAACUAUAACACAAACAAUGGACAGAAAAAGAAAAAAAAGGUCAAUAUUUACCUGGGACUACUUUCUAGAUGUAUGAUAUUCUAGGCACUAUAGGUGAGACUGUCAUUGUCAAUAUGAUAACAUUGAACUGAUAACUUUUGAUCAGCAAAUGUAGUCUACAAUGUUGCACAAAAUAAGAACUGCACCUAACAUCCAGUGUCUUUUGCCCAGUUCAUUUAGUUUGAAGGUUCUUGAUAUCAUUCAUUGCAUUUUACAAUGUUAUUUAUGUGUCCGGGGAUAAUAAAACAAAUCUUCUUACUG